AUGGAAGGUGAGAUUGAUCUAACGGGCGUGUUCCUGCAUGUUUUGGCCGAUACUCUUGGAUCAGUUUUUGUUAUCAUAUCAACUCUGCUUAUCCAGUGGUUUGGCUGGACAUGGGUGGAUCCGCUUUGCUCGCUUAUCCUCUCAAUCUUGAUUCUCAGCUCUGUGUACCCUCUACUGACGAGUAGCACGAAUACGCUGCUACAGGACAUUCCCGAUGAAGAAGAGUUCGAACAUCAUCUUUGUGAAGCCUUAGAGGUGGAAGGAGUGCAGUCAUAUUCAAAACCGCACUUCUGGCAACUGAAGAGCGAUCUCAAUGUUGCGUCCGUCCAUAUACAGGCUGCGCCUGAAGCAAAUGCGCAGCUCAUCCGACAUAAGGUCUGCGCAGUUUCUCAAUAACU